AUGACGCGCCCAGAUAUCUGUUACGCCGUUGGCCAAGUGUCGAAGUAUUGCCAAAACCCCGACCCAUCUCACUGGGACGCGGUCGUCCAAAUAUUUGCAUAUCUGAAAGGGACUGCAGACUACGGCAUCUGGCUUGGUGGAAACCGAAGCGGGCUCGUCGGAUUCACGGACGCCGAUUACGCAGGAGACAAAAACGACUAUCGGUCAACGUCGGGCGGCAUAUUCUUUUUCAACGGCGGUCCCGUAUCCUGGUUCAGCAAGAAACAGUCCUGUACAGUUCUCUCCACCACGGAAUCUGAGUACAUUGCUGCCUGUGAGGCCACCAAAACCAUUGUAUGGCUCAGUUGUCUACUAGAGGAUUUCACAGGUGUUGAACAGCAGAAGAUCCCACUUUACUGCGACAACCAAGAAGCGGUACGACUAACUUACAACGCUGAAUUUCACCAGAGGACAAAACAUGUCCUCACAAGGUACCACUACAUCCGUCAAAAGGUCUCUGAAGGAAAGAUCGAAGUCAAAUAUAUUCCCACUAAUGAUCAAUUAGCUGAUAUUCUUACCAAGGCUCUACCCAGCCCAAAAUUCACAAUGAUGAGAGAGAAAAUUGGUGUUGGAAAAUCUCCGAAUUAG